AUGGAAAAGGCAAUAAAAUACAUGACAAGGAACUCAAAGGAAGCACAAUGCCCUGCCUCUUACAAAAUGGGUGGGUUCAAUGGAAAUAGCCCCAAAAACUCUCCAAGAGCUUCUUCAAGAAAAACAUACAGCCCAAAAAAUUCUCCAAGAGCUUCUCCAAGAAAAACAACCACAACUCUAAAACAACUCCUUUUAGAUUCCAGGAACAUGUCAAAUUUUCUUGAUUCUGAAAGAGAGGAAUUACUCUCUCUUAUUUCUUACUGUUCUUUCACUUACACUUUCACUGAUCCACAAGAAUCCCCUUCACAACAAGAUUUAAAGAGGCUAAAACUCAUUCAACUCCUUUCAAUAAUCAAGACUCUCAUACAACCACUUGAUGAUCAAGUACUUUUACCCCUUUUCAAAAUGUUGUCCACUAAUCCUUUUAGACCACUCCCUCCACCAAUUUACUCUGUUGCCUCAAUAUUACCCGACGACGAUGAUCUUGUCAGUAAUCCUACACCAUCUUGGCCACAUUUGCAAAUAGUUUAUGACAUUUUCCUUAAGAUUGUCGCUAGAACAAGUGUUGAAUCGCUCCGAAUUUAUAUAGACCAUUCUUUCCUUCUUAAUCUCCUCACAUUGUUCCAAUCUGAAGACCAAAGGGAACGCGACAGCCUGAAGAAUACUGAUCAAAGGCACCCCGGAAUAGGAGAACUUCCUGAGAUAUGGGGCACAAUUAUCAAUGGCUUUAGUGUUCCUUUGAAAGAAGAGCACAAACUUUUCUUAGUGAGAGUUCUUGUCCCUUUGCAUAAGCCAAAAGGGAUGCAAGUUUACCACAGGCAACUGGCCUAUUGUGUAACUCAGUUUGUGCAGAAAGAGCCAGAGCUCGGUGGGGUUGUUAUUAGAGGUAUUUUGAGAUACUGGCCAAUAACAAAUUACCAGAAGGAAGUUCUGCUUAUUGGUGAAUUGGAAGAACUUGUGGAAACUCUAGAUCCUCAACAGUACAAAGAACUAGCACUACCUUUGUGCACCAAAAUUACCAUGUGUUUAAACAGUUGGAACUCACAGGUCGCGGAACACGCAUUGUAUGUGUGGAACAAUGGGCAAUUCUGGAAGAUGGCAUCACAAGCAAUGGAAGAGGUGUUCCCAGUUCUAGUUGAAAGGAUGGAGAAGAAUCUAGAGGGGCAUUGGAGCAAAAAUGUUCGACAAUUGACAGGAAAUGUGAAGGGAAUGCUAGAAGCUCUAGCACCAUUUCUCUAUUCCAGCAUGGAACUCAAAGCCCUUGCAAUGACCCAAACGUCAUAUGGCAGUACAAAGUGCAAGGCCAACUAUGCGCAAAAGUCCACUUCUCAUGUUGAGGCAACAAAGCUGUGCCCAGUAUUGCUUUACGUUGCUACAAAAUUGACAAGUUACACAGCAAAGUUCUAUACUAAAACUCCCACAAGGGUGGUCUACAAUCAGAAUCAUCAAGAAAUGUUCUUGACUUCUACCAUAACCGCUGAUUUUCAGGGCCACACAAAGGAAUGGGAAGGAGGGCAAGACAGAUGUGUGGACAUACACAAUUGUUUUUUGACACAAAUAUUAAUGUACAUAGAAUCUAUUGUAAAUAAAUCGACAAGAAUCAAUCCAAAACCUACUGUAAAUCGAUUGCAAGUGACUGAUUUAACAGGGGAAAAAGAGAAGUUAACAGGGGAAGAAGAUGGACGGGUACUACGGCAGGCUGUUGAUGCAACAACGAGUUAG